CAGCGCGCGCGGUGCGGUGCGUGUUUCCGGAAGACGUGGCUGCCGCUCGCGCUGAUCCCGCUCCCGCCUCACCAUGAUCUCCCUGUCCGACACGCAGAAGAUUGGAAUGGGACUAACAGGCUUUGGAGUGUUUUUCCUCUUCUUUGGAAUGAUACUCUUCUUUGACAAAGCUCUUUUGGCUAUUGGAAAUGUUUUAUUUGUGGCUGGCUUGUCUUUUGUUAUUGGUUUAGAAAGAACAUUUAGAUUCUUCUUUCAAAAACACAAAAUGAAAGCAACAGGCUUCUUUCUGGGUGGUGUGCUCAUAGUUCUCAUUGGUUGGCCUUUAAUAGGAAUGAUCCUUGAAAUUUAUGGGUUCUUCCUUUUGUUCAGGGGGUUCUUUCCUGUGGUGGUUGGCUUCAUUAGAAGAGUUCCAGUUCUUGGAUAUCUCUUGAAUUUACCUGGUAUAAGCUCGCCUACGUAGGCUGAGAAGAGAAUCCACAGUAAUGCUUGUAGAUAAAGUUGGAGAAAGCAACAACAUGGUAUAAUGACGAGAGGGUGGAAGACUGAUCUAAACUUUUACUGUAUUAUUUAUAAAAUCCCUUUGAAGAAUACUCAGCACAAGUAUUAAGUUGUGUACAAAGGAAAAAGCUUGUUACAUUCUUUCCAUACGUUUAAUUUAAAAUGUAUAGUCAACAAUAUACAUUAGAAAAGAAGACCAGAAAGUACUAGGAAAGUAACUCCAGAGUUCGGGAAGUAAAUUGAAGAGGGGAAAGUCAUGGAAUAACCCAUGUUGCAACUGUUCAAGACUAUUUUUGUUGGUUUUGGAAAACAUGCUAGAGGCAAUGAACCCUUGUGGAAUUAACGGUGCCUGUUCUUUACCUCCUUAUUUUGAAGGUGCAGUAGAGCAAACAGGCCUACAUUUUUAAGGGUGACCCAAAUUUACCCAGCCCUCUGCUUGCUAUCCUCAGAGUGCAAAAAAUCAAACAGGAAACUUCUUUGUAACAUGAGAUGCAUCUUUGCAUGAAGGUUAAGAUGAAUAUUCAUCUAUAAGUGUAUUAUGACAAUAAAAAGGAAACCCUACAUGAUUCUGUUGUAAAAAAUUUUGUAAAUACGUGGCUGAAAUACAGCAUUGUUAUCUUAAUUUUUCAAAGCCAAAUGUUAGCUGAUUGUAUUUGCCUUCUGUUUCAGAAUAUGCAAAAGGUCAAUCUUUAAUAACUUUGGUCUUAAAUGUUGGUUCUGAACAUGUAGAGCUCAGUGGGGAACUCUGGAAGCUGACUUGCAGUCCUUGCAGGUUGUUCUUGAGCCCAUGUUACAUGUGCAUUCUGAUGAGAAUGUAGCCCCUUGUAACUAACAUGAAAACUUUGUGAAAUAUGCUUAGUUCACAAAAAACUACAUUAGGUUGAGGUGCUGAUGUGACAUGUAACUUACCAGAAUUUGGAGCUUUGUUUUUAAACAGUUUGAAACUAAGCUUUGUUUGUUUACUCUGGAACUACAAAUUGACUUUUAUUUUUUAUGGUAAUAAAAUGGAAACUUAAAGUUCUGUGUUUGCGAGUCUCUGGGGAGAAAACGGACUGACUGGGGCUGACUGAAGAUCAAGUGCCAAUCUCCAUGUGUUUGUAACCUGUUACUGGGUUAUCUGGUUAUCUUCAAACAACUCUUGGUUACAGCAACGGUUUUGUUGUUACAGAGGGUUCUUGGCUAACCUGGAAUAAAUGUCCCCUCCUAAUGCACAGGUUACAAUUCUGCUUCUGUUGGAAUGUUAAACGUCCUGCACUUUCAGUAGUCUCAGUUACAGUGUCCUCACCUAACCCUGCUAGUUCAGUGACUUGUGUUUGUGCAGGUGGAAGGGUUUCUGUUGUGUUUCAUUUUCUCUUCCCUUUCAUUUAAUCCUGUAACAAUUACCCAAUGUAGUAUUAAAAGUAGCUAUGUAGCCUAAAGGUCUAAUGACUGGGGGUGUUGUUUUUGUGUUUGUUUUUGUUGUUGUUGUUGUUUGUUUGUUUGUUUUGGGGUUUUUUGUGGGGUUUUUAUGUGGUUUUUUUUUUUCCAAAAAAAUUAUUAUGCAGUUAAAGUUGGAAUUUUCCUAAGUAAAUUUUAAGAUUAAAAAAAAAAAUCCUCAUGUACCAACCCUUUUGAAAGUUGCUCUGAAGUUUAUUUGUAUAAAACUUGGGUUUUUUUCAUUGCACCUGUAUAAAUAGCCACAAUCUACGAUUACCAAUAUUUAAUUUGCUUCCUUCUAAAACAGGCACAAAAUGAUUCAGAAAAAAUCCCAAACAAAUCUGUUAUUUUACAAUUAAUAACAUCUGAAAAAAAUCAGUGGGCUUAUUUUAUAAAUGACCAAAAAUGGCUUUAUUUGCUUGAUGGCAUGUACAUUAUAGUUUAGAGACAGGAAUAAAUAUGAUUUGCUGGCUCUACCUCAAGAGAUAAACCAUUUUAGAUAACCCAAUUUUAACUGCUCCUAUAGCUCUGUUGAGUGUUACAAUGACUAAAGAAUAACACUGUAGCAGCUGAGCCAACUGGUCCUGUUUGCUGUGGUAGGACACUAGUCUGUGCAGUGGGAACCAAGUGUUGUCUAAAGCAGACAGUGUUCAUAAUUUACUUUAGAAACCAACUACCUGAAGGUUUUUGUUCUCCUGUCUUGAAAACUGAUGUGAUGGAAAAGGUGGACUGAACCACAUGACAGUGGAUCUCUGGCUGCAGCAACUUGCUGGGUAGGCUGAAGUACCUUCAUCGAGAAAGCUGCUGUUUUUUGGAGGUGGUUAAUGUGGUGUUAUGGAUGAUCUUUUCCCUCUCUGAGAAGCUGGGGUAUAGGCAGGUCAUCUAAUUUAGAUUUAAUUCACUGGUUUAAAUCAAAAGUCAGUUUUUUGUCACAUGUGAACUGUUGUGAAAAGCAUCUGAGGGAAAAGAAUUGUAUGUUGAAUUUAUCAUAGUCUUAUCUCUCAAGGUAAUGUCUUUGAAACGGUUUUGCCAAGAUAAAUGUGGGUGGCAGCAAAAGUCAAAACAACUUAGCCUUAAAAUGUUUCUGUCCUUGUAAAAAUAUCUCUAACAGAAACAUGCUUGGAAUGUUUCCCGUUUUAAAUGUAAUUUAUAAUUGCUGCUUUAAAACUUGUAAGGAUGGAUCUUAUUCUGAGCAAAUUAAUACUGUAAAUAUCCUUGUCAUACCUAGAAUAAAUGGGUACCUUUUUCUAUAA